GUUGCUUAAGUCUGUACAAGGCCUUACAGGUUCUGAAUCUUCAGUGCAUCAGGAUGGUUCUGUGGGCGUUUCAGAGGCAGGGUUGACUGCACUGGAUAUCACUGACACAGUUGUCAAGGGUGUGGAGAGCCUGUUACACUGCCCAGAAAGUUUGAGAUGACAAGCCAAGAGGCUGGUGUCACUGAACCACUGGUCACCUCCCACAGCUCAACAGAAAAUGGAAAACCAUCUAACAUCUUCUCCAUUACACAGGGCAUUUUUCAAAACCUACAGAGAAAGGUGAACGGCUUUCUCUCAAAACACCAUGCUUCAGAUGGUAAGAGGAGCCAGAAUGAUACCAAAGAAGCUCUUGGUACUGUACUUAUUUCAACUGAAGAUAGACAACCAGGCUCAGAUGACUCAACAAAGGGGUAUGGUGCACUCUCAGGUUUUUCUCUAGAGGAAAAUCUUCAGACACUCUCUAAAGACCUCACUGACCGUAUCAAAUGUGUUCUCUCGGACAGCAACUCAGACCCUCAAGUUAUUACACUGAUAGCAGGGAAAAGCUCAUCCGAUUCUGCGCUUGUCAUGAAAGAAAACAGACAUGCACAAAAGAAGGACGCCGCACUCGAAAUGGUAUAUGUCUUUGCCGAGGAGGCAAUCAGAUAUAUGCUUCAACCACAUUUUAGACUUCCAUCAAAACUGACCACCAAUGAAGGAUUUCCUGUACGGCCUGUUUACAGUGACGCCAUUGAUCUUUUCACUAAAGUGAUGGUGCACCAAGUAAUGAAUACUGUAGAGACAGUUGUGGAACAGGGGGGCAGUGUUCGAUCGGACAAAGUUCAGGGCAGCAGCAGACCAUCUAGUUCUACAUUCAAUCAUGAGUUUGUCCUUCAACAUUUAGAUGAGAACACAGAUACAACAGAUUCCUCCCUUCCCCUUUUGGACUCUGAUGAAUACUCCUGCUUGGUCACCAUGCUGAUCCUGAGGUUACUUUCGAAGAUCAAAGAUCAACAACUCGUUUCUGCCGAUCUCAUAGAUGUCACCAGAGACCUAAUUGAGAGGGUUCUCUUGGAGUUUACAGAUGUUUCAAGAUCAGCAACACACCCAAAGAAUGCCAAAGUGCAUAAGGUCUACAGAAUUGUUUAUGAUUACCUCAUGAAGGGGCUUGGCACCACCACUGCCCUUAAGGCUAUUGAGACACAGGAUCUCUCCUUUGACCAACUGCUGAUCAUGGCUUUGACAAAACAACUCCUGCACACAUGUGACACACAAGAUCCAACCACCCAGAAAACACCCCGACCUGAGAAGACUCCCAAAUUGAAGAUCAACCUAAAGAGACAUAAGUUAGGCAAUGCCAACGUGAGCCCAGUGCAGGAGGAUCAAGACACAAACCCAUGUGAAGGCACCUCAGCCCCCCUCCUCCUGAGGAUGGUGCUUCACCAGAGCCUAACGACUGCUCUGCCAUCUGCAAGAUGUUUUCAUGCUGCAAGAUGAAGAAGUGAGAAACCAGCUUGACAAUCACAAUAAAAACACUGCAUGCACUCA